AUGAACAGCAGUGCGACGAGGAAGGACCCGAAGGCCUGCAGCUCCCCAGCUCGCUGACGGGCAAAUGGGACGAGGUUUUCUCCAGCCCGGAGGAGGAGAUGAAAUCGAGCGGCAAAAGCCGGAGCGGCUCCACCUCGCAGCAAAGAGCGGCCACGGGCAACGGGCUGAGGCGCUCGUCUCGCCGCGGGAGGGACCCGGCCAAGAAGGACGUCCCCGAGGAGGUGACGGCGGCGGCGAUAGAAGAGGGGCCUUACAUCUGCUGCGAGUGCGGGGAGAGCUUCCUGGACAAGCAGCUCUUCGCCAGCCACCAGAAAGGCCACUCCGGCGAGGAAGCCUGCACUUCGCUGGAGCACGGCGACAGCUUCAGGCCGAAAGCCAAAGCGAGCGGCGCGAAAGGUCAAGGGCCCUCGCGCUCCAAAGCCUCCAAACGCCCCGACGGGGAGAAAAGCUCCGGGUUCAAGUACGGUUUGGUCAGGCACCAGGUGAACAACAUGGUGGAGAGACCCUACACUUGUUCGCAGUGCAAGGAGAGCUUCAGCUUGGAGGUCAGCCUCAUCCUUCACCAAAAGCUCCACACGGGGAAAGGCGACGGCCCCUUGACCUGCACCUAUUGCGGGAAGGACUUCCGCGACCUCUCCAAAGCCAUCCGCCACCAGCGCAUCCACACGGGUGAGCGGCCCUACCAGUGCACCGAGUGCGGGAAGAGCUUCAUCCGGCGGGACCACCUGCUGAAACACUGGCGGGUUCACACCGGGGAGACCCCUUACCAGUGCCCCGUCUGCGGGAAACAUUUCCGGUACAAAGAGUCCCUCAACUGCCACCAGAAAAUCCACUCCCGCAACCCGCGGCCCGCCGAGGAUUCGCAGCUCAGCUUGGAGUCGGCGACUCAGACGGGAGAUUUCUGCAUCAAAAAAGAGACGAAGCAGUAA